AUGAAUGAUGGUAUUGAGAUUCCUCCACCUGUGGAUCUACCACAGCGUCCAGAGGACCUCGAUCACCCACCCCAGCCUGCCACCCUAUAUGAUCUCAGACGUCUCGACGAUCCGCCUGACGACUUCGAAUUUAUGGGAAUAACAUAUUAUAGUGUCAAACAGGGUACUUGGCGCUUCUUGAGGAUUGAUACGAUCAAAGUCUUGAUGAAGCACUACUUCUGGGGAAUAAUAUCCAAGGAGGCCGACCCUCCUAAGACCACUCGGCGGAGGCCGCCAUCUGUCAAGGUGCAACAGAUGCUCUUGUUCAAGCUUUGGUACUACAUGCAGGAACUUCAUCGUCCCAAGACAUGGAAUGAAGUGCUUAAUGUUAACCGAGAUUCCGGGCCACGACUCUUGCGAUGGGAUCUCAAUCCGCGCCCCAAACCUCUCAGCCGAUGGUACACCACUGCUCCGGACAUUUGCACCAGGAUUCUGGAUGCGUAUCUACGUCCUCUACAUGCGCCGCCAGACAUGCCGGACUACCUUCUCCAGCAGUAUCUAUAUUCAGCCGACAGCUUGUUCACGCCGCCUGCCUCCCCCCUUCCCCCGCGAACCUCCCCUACCCCCCAGCCUGCCUCCUCUCCCACUCCCCAGCCUGUCUCUCCACUCCCCCCGCCACCGACAGAAGAUGCACGAUUCGAGGAGGAUACUCGUAUACAGUUGUUGUCAUACUUGUAUCCGGAUAUGGAAAUUAAGCCUCAGUAUGCACUGGACCCGCCAGCGGAUCCGCCUACUACACUACCCAGCAACAAACGAACUGCUGCUGAAUGCCUGCAAUCUCCCAGCAAGCGACACAGGAAUCUUUCGCCUGGUGCUCCUGCUUUCAUACCUGCUCCUCGUCCUCCCGCUCGAGACCAAGAACCUGUCUUUGCCGUUGAUUCACCCAAGGGGUUUACCUGGAUUCCUGGUCUUGGACCAUAUCAGACAGUGCCACCCCCUGCAAAGCUGCAACGUGGUCCUCUUGUUCCUCCUGCUCCACUUAGCUUUGAUCCACAGAAGGUCACGGAGACCGUGGAACGAGCUGUGAUGCAGGCUGUGUAUGAUGAUCUGGAGCGAGAUCCUAAAAUUCAUCCCAACGACAAGCCACCCCGCUAUCUGACUGCCCAUUGUUUUGAUGACAUGCUUCCAAUGAAACUAGGAGCAUUCCCUUUAACAGAGAAAGUGAAGUUGUCGCCACUCGAUCUUCAAUGGGAUCCAGACGGUACUUCGUUCCCCGUCCGGGGUCGGGGACCUGUCUGGAGUAACAUGUCUUGUGCCACUGAUGUUGUGAUCGUGGCAGGUAUGCUACUCGAUGCUGGCUGUACUAAGAUAGACCGUGCUCAUAAUCGAACCACCCAGUUUACAGAUCUCGAAAAGGCAUAUAUUGAGGUCACAAACGCGAGCUGGGAGACUCUCGAUGUAGAGACGUCUACGCAAGUGCGCGAUGAGUUCCUCCGUCUGUUUAUCGACGGUCAAACCACGAUGAAAAUGGGAACGCCUCUUCCUCCUUGGGCGCUUUGGUCAGUGGCUACGAAAAGCUUCGCUCAAUUCCGCUACCACCACGCUGAGCGAGUGGUUCCUUGCAAAUGUCGAAACGCAUCGCCUUUUGUCAAUUUCCAACAAGGCUCCUGUAUUCUGCCGGCCUUUAAUCAGGGUGAUGAACUUGGAGUCGAUUUACAGACGUUAAUCGAGCGUUGCUUCUAUAAAAGCAAGUCUUUCAAGUGUCGUAACUGCCAUGAUCCGAAUGGGGUGGUUGGAGAACGAAAGAUCGGCCAACUCCCGCCGCGUCUGGUGUUGGCCUUUGAUUUGAAGACACGACUCAUUCACCACACGGAUAACCUUUCAUUCAAUUACGUGGACUAUGAAGACAAACCGCAGGUCGCGCACUAUCGUUGGCUUGGCGGCAUCUAUAGCAGCCAGCAACAUGCUCGUGUAUAUUGGACCGAUGCCAAACGAGGUGAGCAUAACACAAAUAUUAUUAUGUAUGACAGUCAAGUCACUUCCGGGGUGAUAGUCGGCGGAAUUCCACAAUUUGCUGCCAACGAGAGAGUCCCCACCGACUGGGUCAGUCAAACUGCUAUCCCGAUGCUGUUUUUUGAGCGAAUCAUGAACCCAACCAAUGAGCUUCUGGCGACGGCUCAGAGAGCCGUAUCUGACAUGGCCAAUAUCGUGGCCUGGAAUGGGAAUGUUCUCGACUAUCACGUCCCAUGGUCUGUUCCGGAGCCUCCAGCGAAGACCGAGCCUUGGGAUCGUAUAUUGUCAGACAAUGGUCAGCGCUUCAGCAGCUUCAACCCCGAAUGGGCAACAUCGGAUGCGGGCGCCGCCAAUAGUAAACCAAUCUCUCCAAUAUCUAUGUCAAAUAUUGAUCUGUCACUCCUUGAUCCAGCGUUCAUUGACCCGGCGCUCCUUGAUCCAUCUCUUUAUCCUCCGGCCACCACGCCUCCGACAUUUGAUGAUACAAAUAUCUUCGGUCCGUCGCCAUUGAACCUGGACCCGUCGACGGGCUGGAUCACUCUUCCAACCCAGGAGCCCAUUGUCGACAAAACCCAUCCGUUUACCUCGAUGGUAGAUGCCCCGGACUGGCUUAUUCAAAAUCCCGGACUAUGGCCUUCUGGGCCUCCUACCCAGGAAGGAGCUUUGGACUUCCCUGAUUUCCUCGCGUGGACAUCACCUAGGGCGUCGCCGAAACGUAGCCCAGCGCGCAGGAACGAUUCUGGGUCUGAUACUACCAUGCGCGAUGCAGAUAUCCUUGCUACAAUGGGACGACGCCCAUCUUUCCGCAUUGCGCAUACCGAUCAGCUUAAAAAGGCUGCGAUUGCAAACUACUCUAUUGCAAAACAGGCCCUUAGUCCCAAACAGCGACAGAGGAUUUAUGCGCAGAGGAAGCAGGACGACUACGACACACAGAAAAGAUUCAGUGAUGAGGUGAAGAGAAAGAAGAGUGCUGACCGGGAAAAAAGGAACGAAGAGCAGGAAAAAGAAACAAAGAGACUAGAGGAGUAUGAGCUCAAGAGGAUGGAGGAGAAGAAGAAACAAGAAGGGAAGAGACUAGAAGAAGAGGAGCUAAGAAAGGAGGAGGAGAAGAGGCAAGAAGAGGAAACACGGAGAAAAGUAGAAGAGAAGAGAUUAGAGGAAGAACGAAAGGCUAACGAGGAAGAGAAACCAGCAGAAAAGAAGCCAAAGAAAGCAAAGAGUACAAAGAAGGCGGCAACGAAGAAGACAACUAAGAAGAAGGAGAAGAAGGAAAAGAAGGAAAAGAAGGAGAAACCCGAGAAAGAAGAAAAAGAUGCAAAGACGAAGGAGACGGAGGAGACGGAGGAGACGGUCUCAAGAAGACCAGGGCUAAGGAACUCGAGGAAACCCUCCGAUCCAACGUGGAAACCCAGUGGUGGGAAGGUUGAGAGUGAGGAGUCUUGA